CCAUACGGUGAGCAUGAGAGAAAGCUCAGCCUAGUAUAUAUGCGUUAGGGGAAAAGCUCCGUGAGCCAGUCAGAUGGAAGACAGGAAGAUGAUAACAUUUCUGGUGGUGGUGUGGGUAGCAGCCCUCAUGACCGCUACUUCUGCCACGAAAGUUUCUUGUAAUGGCGGAUUCGUCCUCAUCGGUGGCACCACCUGCAUUAAAGUCUUCGAGGAGAUUAAGACAUGGGAAGAAGCAAGAGAUGCCUGUAAAUCUACAGAAAAUUUUGACACUGGUUCCCCACACUUAGCCCGCAUUAAUGACUGUUCACUAUUAUCCAGCUUGUUCUCUUACGUCCGUUAUCAACUGCGUUUAAACGCAGACCUUUGGCUGGGAGGAUCCGACUCCGUAAAAGAGGGUGAAUGGCGGUGGGAAAAUGAUGAGCUUGUACCAGUAGGAAUUCCAUUCUGGCACCCGCUUCAACCUGACGGAGGCCCUCAGGAAAACUUCCUUGUAUUCGCUCAUAAUGGCUUCUUCGCAGAUGGACACAAGGACAGGAAAUACGGCUAUAUUUGCCAGUAUCAGAGUUAAGUAGUGGGGGCGACGAAAUGAGAUGACGAUGUUGUUGCUCCUGUUAGACGAAAAUGAAAAAAAAAGUGAAAAUCUCAGGAUGCAUACGAAAACAAAAUACAACAUAAAGUAAGACAAAUUAUAAAUGGAGACCUGACCACACCAAGAUAGGGUCUACGCAUUGAUGUUAGGCUUGAUGCUUCUGAACAUAGAAUACUUACGUAUUACUUUUAUUGCUCUUGUGAAAAAAAAAAAAUAAAUAAAUAAAUAGAUACAUAAUUCUAAUCAUGAAAGAUGACGGAAGAAUUGUUAUCGAGGAAAUGCGAUGAGCCUGUCGCCACACGUGUGGCGACUUGGGGGUGAUGAACAUCUGUGAUGCACCUUACAGAGUUGUUUCGUGGGCCCAUGAUGCAUUUAUUUUAUUGCGUUCAUUGCGUGCUCUUGGGUGGGAAAUAAAACAUGAUUUAU